UCUCAAAGUACCUUUCAACCACAGAGUCAACGACCAUGGCCGACGCUCUCAUCUCCACUGUUGUCGAGCAGCUGAUCAACAUCCUGAAGCACCAAGCCCAGGAGCUAAAAAGAGCUUUGGGUGUGGAGAAGGAGAUCGCAAACCUCUCAUCAAAGCUCGAGAAUAUCAGGAAGGUAUUGGAUGAUGCAGAGAAGAGAAGCUUUAAGGAAAAUGGCAUCGAGCUCUGGAUCGAAAAUAUCAAAGACUUCAGCUACCAAGUGGACGAUGUUCUGGACGAGUGGAGAACCAGAAGUCUGAGACAACAGAUCGAGAGCCCCGAGGCAAGUCGCAGCUCUUUCCUGCCUUCGCGUUCCAAAUUCAAAAGGUUUGUUAUGCAUCGAGACAUCGCCAACAAAAUAAAGGAGCUUGAUUCAACACUUGAUCGGAUUACGAAAGAGAAAGAUCAGUUCAAAUUUGAUUAUGCAUCAUCUAUAACACACACUUCUGCAGCAUCACACUCUGAUCAAGAAUUGAUGCGAGUCACCACUGCGUUUGAUGUGGAUGCGUCACAGAUUCAAGGUAGGAAAUCCGAUGCCAGUGCUUUAAUAAGCAAGUUACUGGAGAAUCCUGGAGAAGAAGAAGCAAGAAAUGGGCCCCUUGUGAUUUCCAUAGUGGGCGCGGGAGGGAUAGGGAAAACUACCCUUGCUCAACUAGUCUUUGAGGAUGAACAGAUCAAGACUCAUUUUGGGGAUGAAAGGGUGUGGAUUUGUGUUUCCGACCCCUUUGACCAGAUCAAGAUUGCAAAAGCCAUUGUUGAGUCAAUCACUAAAAGCUCCACGGAUCUGUCCCAGCUCCAACUCUUACUGGAAAAGAUCAAAAGCACUUUGUCUGGGAAAAGGUUCCUACUUGUGAUGGAUGAUGUGUGGACAGAGCAAUCUGCGAAGUGGGAGCCAUUGAAGAACUCUCUCAAGGAUGGACUCCCCGGGAGUAGAAUCUUGGUCACCUCAAGAAGUGAGAGGGUUGCUAAAAUGAUGGGAAGUGUGUAUCUGCAUCAGUUGGAUCUAAUAUCUGACUCCGAAGCUUGGUUGUUGUUUAGCAGGAUAGCAUUUUCUGGGAGAAGCGAAGAGGAUUGUGAGAAACUGAAAGAUAUUGGUCACAAAAUUGCUCAAAAGUGCAAAGGAUUGCCACUUGCUGUUAAGGUCAUGGGAAGCCUGCUAUGUUUCAAACACACUAGAGAUGAUUGGCAAAAUGUUUUAGACAAUAAAAUUUGGGAGUCGGAUGAAGUGGUAACAGAACUCUUCCCUCAUUUGUAUCUAAGCUACAAUGAUUUGACCCCAAAGAUGAAGCAAUGUUUUUCAUACUGUGCUGUCUUUCCCAAAGAUUAUGAAAUGGAGGUAGAUGAGCUCAUCAGAAUUUGGAUGGCACAAGGUUAUGUGACGACGGAAUCAAAAGGCAGGGAGUUAUUUGGGGGUUUAGCAAUGCGCUCUUUCUUCCAAGAUUUGAAGAAAGAUGACAUGGAUUCCAACAUUAUCAAAUCUUGCAAAAUGCAUGACAUAGUGCAUGAUUUUGCCCAAUUUCUUACUAGAAAUGAAUGCUACAAUAUUGACCAGCAUGAGGAUAAGGUUGGAUUUAAAAAUCUACGUCAUCUUCAGUCAUGGGGUAGGAAUAUGAAUCUCCCUUCCAUUUGUGAUAUUGGAAAACUUCGUAGCUUUUCUGCUGAAGACCUUUCUCCCGCACAACUUACUCUUGAUUUGUUAAAUGGUCUGAAAUCUGUGAGAGUAUUAAGUUUGCAUGGUUGUGAAUUGGAAAAACUCCCAAAGAAGAUAGGAAAUUUGCUUCAUCUAAGGUACAUUGAUCUAAGUGAGAGUGUUGUAAAUGAGUUACCAGAUGCAGUUUGUUCUUUAUAUAACUUGCAAACUUUAGAUCUUAAAAGAUGUCAGAAAUUUUCAAGACUGCCGGAUGGGAUUGGAAAUUUGCGUCAAUUAAGAUACAUUGAUUUAAGUUGUAGCAAAGUAGAGACGUUGCCCGAUACAAUUUGUUCUUUGGAGAACUUGCAAACUUUAGAUCUUGGAUACUGUAGCCAAUUUUCUAGACUACCUGAUAAGAUUGGAGAUUUGAGUCAGCUAAGAUACAUCAAUUUAAGUUGGAGCGAAGUAGAGACGUUGCCCGAUACAAUUUGUUCUUUGGAGAACUUGCAAACUUUAGUUCUCGAAAGAUGUGAGCAUUUUUCUAGACUACCUGAAGGGAUUGGAAAUUUGAUAAACUUGAGACACCUUAACAUCAGAUACACCAAUAGGCUAGAGAUGAUGCCCCAAGGUAUCGCAAAGCUAACUCAGCUUUGUAGUUUAAGUGAGUUUAAGGUGGGGAAAGAGUCAAGUAUAUUGGAAUACAUGGAGAAGCUGAACCAACUCAAAGGGGAGCUGUCCAUAUUUUUUUUGUGCGAUCUGAAUAACGCAACAGAUGUGGAGGAAGCAGAGAAAGCAGAAUUGAGAAACAAGAAGCACAUCAAAACAUUGUGUUUGAAUUUCAGUGAUGGAGUCGAUGUGGGAAUAGAUGUGAUGGAAGCUCUGAAUCCACCUCCGGAACUGCAAACCUUGAAACUUAAUGAGUACAGAGGAAUCCACUUCCCUUCCUGGAUUACACUGUCCCUUAAUCUACGGAUUCUUGAAAUCAAUGGGUGCGUAAAUUGUUCAUCUUUGCCUCCAUUAGGCAAACUGCCUUCUCUGGAGACUCUUUCCAUAGCGGGAAUGAAAGAGCUAAGAUAUGUAGUGAGUGAGUUUUUGGGAGUAGCAGAAGUAGGUGGUGUUGCAUUUCCAAAGCUGAAGAACUUGAAGUUCUAUAAUUGUCCCGAGUGGGAGGAGUGGGAAGACUUGAAAGAAGAAGCAACAAUAAUAAUAAUGCCAUGCAUAAGGGAGUUGCAACUAAAAUAUUGCAGGAAACUUAAGACAGUGCCACAUCACCUCUUAAGUAGGCUGGAGUCUUUGGAGAUCAAAGACUGCCCGAGAGUCAGUGUGGGAAUAGAUGCUCUGAAACCACCUCCGAAACUGCAAACCUUGGAACUUAAUGGGUACGGAGGAAUCCACCUCCCUUCCUGGAUUUUACUGUCCCUUGAUAAUCUACGGAUUCUUGAAAUCAGGAGGUGCGUAAAUUGUUCAUCUUUGCCUCCAUUAGGCAAACUGCCUUCUCUGGAGACUCUUUUCAUAAGCGAGAUGAAAGAGCUAAGAUAUGUAGGGAGUGAUUUUUUGGGAGUAACAGAAGUAGGUGGUGUUGCUUUUCCAAAGCUGAAGAAAUUGGAGUUCUCAUAUUGUGAGGAGUGGGAGGAGUGGGAAGACUUGAAAGAAGAAGCAACAAUAAUAAUAAUGCCAUGCAUCAGGGAGUUGCUACUAUUUCAUUGCGAAAAACUUAAGACAGUGCCACAUCACCUCUUAAGUAGGCUGCAGGAGUCUUUGAAGAUCUACUUCUGUCCGCGUCUCAAAGUUGAAUAGAUCGAGUGAAAUAUGUGACACUCCACAUGCCGAUCAGGUGUCAAAACGGUGACGUCAUCAGUGGGAUGGAAGUCGUACGUACUUCUAACUUUAUGGUUACCAAGUUAACAGUCCGACUAACUUGAUCAUUUGAGCAAAAAUUAUCAAGUUUAUCUCUUUCACACUUUGAAUCUUUACUACUUGGAGGCUUGAUGUGAAUGUGUGAACUAAAUAUAUCUUCAGUUUUGUUAUACCUAUUUAUAAUUAUUAAAGUGUGUUUUAAUAAUUUGUCUAUAAUAUAAAUGAUUUGCAAGUUGUGUAUAUUUAUCAAGCUAUGUUUUGAAGAAUUGUUAUGAUAUAAUUUCUUACUA